AUGGGGAAGGAUAUAGAUAAGGGUGACAAUCACGAUGAGAUGAUGUCGAGGAAGAGAAAAGCUCCGGAUUCAAACCAUAGUAAAGGAGAAUUGUUAAAACCACCCCAGUAUAAUUUUACUAGGUUUUGUUACAGACAUAAUCCUGAAAAUAAAAGUUCACCUACGAAGAAACUUUGUUAUAAACAAGAUCUGAAACGGUUUUCUGAUUUCAAUGAUAGGAUAUCCAAGUUAAAUAGGCAAGAACAAUCGGAUGUUCACAAUAUUAUUUCUGUGUUUACUAAAUCAAAUGAUAAAUUAAGGAAGCUAAUAUUCGAUGGCCUUUUAGCAUCAAGUUGUUUCCCACAAUUAUCUUAUGUCAUGUCGCAGGUUUCCAAUAUGAUUAAGAUUGAUUUCAUUUCCACGUUGCCGCAAGAGAUUUCACUGAAGAUACUCAGCUAUCUAGAUUGCCAAUCUCUUUGUAAUGCCGCAAUUGUUUGUCGAAGCUGGAAAAAUUUGGCAGAUGAUGAUAGGGUAUGGUAUCGACUCUGCGAACAGCAUAUUGAUAGGAAAUGUCCGAACUGUGGGUGGGGGUUGCCCUUGUUGCAUAUGAAAAGAGCAAGGUGUAUGCCUCCCAGAACCAAUAUUAAUCAGCAUAAUGGCAUUGUGGAAGUUCAACCAUCAGGUACUUCAAAUGCACAAAACAGCAUAGAGGAUAUUAGUAAUAAUACCAAUCAUAGUCAUAGUAAUAUUAAUCAUAAUCAUAAUAAUCAUAGUAUUAAUAAUAAAAAUAAUAAAAAUAACAAUAAUAGUCAUAGCAAUUAUGAUGAAGGUAACCAGCCCGUACCAUGUAAAACUAAACCAUGGAAGGUAAUUUAUAGAGAAAGGUACAAGGUUGAAUAUAACUGGAGAAAGGGAAAUUUCAUAUUACAGGAAUUCAAAGGUCAUAUGGAUGGUGUUUUAACUUUACAAUUCAAUUACCGUCUUCUAUUCACGGGUUCAUACGAUUCCACAAUUGCCAUUUGGGAUCUAAGUACUGGCAAACUGUUAAGAAGACUGACAGGUAAUGGAGAUGGUGUAAAAACGUUACAUUUUGACGAUCAAAAAUUAAUCACUGGAUCUUUGGACAAGACUAUUAGAGUUUGGAAUUAUGUUACAGGUGAAUGUAUUUCCACAUACAGAGGGCAUACUGAUAGUGUUAUGAGUAUUGAUUCAUAUAAGAAAAUUAUUGUUUCUGGUAGUGCAGAUAAAACGGUUAAAGUUUGGCAUAUUGAAUCUAGAGCCUGCUAUACAUUGAGAGGGCAUACAGAAUGGGUUAACUGUGUUAAAUUACAUCCAAAGAGUUUCUCGUGUUUUAGUUGCAGUGAUGACACUACAAUUAGGAUGUGGGAUAUCAGAUCUAACUCAUGUUUAAAAGUGUUUAGAGGACAUGUUGGCCAAGUUCAAAAAGUUAUUCCACUAACUAUUUUAGAUGUGGAGAAUUUAGUAGUUGAUCAAGUGCCUGAUAACUUAAGUAGUAGUGAAACACAAGAAUCUAACGACGAAGAAGAUACUAGUGAAAAUGUCAAGUUAGAUGAAAGUUUACCGUAUCCUACACAUUUAUUGUCAUGCUCUUUAGAUAAUACAAUUAAAUUAUGGGAUGUCAAGACAGGCAACUGCAUUCGUACACAAUUCGGUCAUGUAGAAGGGGUUUGGGACAUUGCUGCGGAUAAUUUUCGUAUUAUAAGUGGUUCUCAUGAUGGUACAAUUAAAAUAUGGGACUUACAAAGUGGUAAAUGCAUGCAUACAUUUGCAGGUGGUAAAUUUUCUGAACAUUCCGUUACGCAUGUAACAAAUUCAGGUAAUAAUAAUAGUAACGAUACCUCCUCAAAUAACGAAGUUGUCAAUACGGCAGCAACGAAUACCAAUAAAUCUACUACAGCACCCCCUAUUGCCUGCGUAGGAAUUGGAGAUUCUGAAUUUUUCUGUGGCGAUGAACUUGGAUGUGUUAAGAUGUUCAGGUUUGAUGGAGACACAUUACCAUAA